AGCACGUACAGCGUCAGUGACGUAGUGAGCACAGGGCGCUCUGCUGCUGGCGCUGAGUUUAAAGAGUCCCGGGUAGAUGUUCAGUGUGAAAACAGCGACUUUUUCUACUAUUCUGUGAAAAAUCACCACCAAACCUGAGUCGAAGAUGUCCGGAGGAAGGUAUUUAAAUAUUUCGAUUCGUCUUGUAUUGAUUUUAAGCGAUGUUGGUGAAAAAGGUAGCCAUCACGAAGCCACCUGUAUGGUUAUCCUUGUUGUGUAAUAACUAAAGAAAUGCAGAUUUAAUAUAUUCCGAGUUAGGUUUUGUGUGAUCUUAAAUUAUAAAGUUAUUCCUGCAAAACUUUGUUCGGCGCCAGUUUUGAUUGAUUUAGUCAACAAUGGCUAAAGAUCGAUACCGCGCUUUCCUCUCAGCCAGGCCUCCUCUCUCAUCUGACUUCACUUCACCAUGCUAUAUCAGCUUCAUUUAAUUUAUUUAAACAAUAUCUUUAAGCUUUACUUCUCAUGCAUUUAUAGAGAUAAAAAAUGAGUAAUGUCGUGUUUGCAGUCGUGUUUGUCUGUGCGGUUUUGCGCGGUCACGUUGCUGUAGAAAUAUGGCGGGCAGAGACAGUUUCGUCUCUGUCGGACUCCUUCCCUCGCUCUCUUUCUCUUAGUCUGAUGUUUCUUCAGGGCUUUGGUCAUAAUUAUAAGAACAACCUUCUUGAUGGGUAAAAAGUCUGAUUACUCUCCCCUCCCUACAGCUUACCUCUGCAGGAUCUCCCCUGCCUGAGCCUACAGAACUCCUCCAUGUUGUCUCAGUCCAGAAGGACCAACAAGAGAAAGUCCAGGGGCUUCCUUACUGAGAGUCUGGACACUGAAUGCACCCCCACAGACCUCAUUCAGCAGUGGUCCCCGAGCCUCCAGCACCAGAGGCUCAUCAGCAAGGGGAAGGAGAACAACGAGAACCACUUUGUGCUCGCCAGGAGGUCAAGAAGGAAAACUGACCACACAUCAAGUAAGACGAGGCCGAGUCCCUAUCAUCACCCCGGAGCCUGAACCCUCACAGACUUAGAUUCGACGUAUAGAUUAAAUCUGUUAUUUAAAAUGCUGAAAUGUUGCUGUGCCAGUCAAAAGUUGGAUAUGUGAAUAAAGAGAAUUAAAAGCUUAACAGGUUUUUCUCUUCAUCAUCAGGUGUCUCAUGGGAUCAUCUUCCUGAGGAGCUGCUUCUCAGGAUCCUCCUCUACCUCCCACUGCAAGAUCUCCUGAGGAUGUCUACAGUCUGCAGGCGCUGGCGCCGCUUAGCGUGAGUUACAUGAUGCUGACCCAGGGUUCAUUUUUUGUGACAUUUACACCCAAAGCUUUGAUAGUGUAUCUCUUUGCACAUUUAUACUUUGCAUGAUAUUGUAGCAUAAGAAAGUCAGAGACUCACAUAAUGAGACAGCAUCUCUCUUUGUUCCAGAUUUGAUGAGUCUCUUUGGCAGAGUGUGGACCUGGAGGGUCUGACUCAUAUGGAUUCAGCUCUGCAGCAGGUGCUGAUGACUGGAGUCCGUAGGCUGCGCUGUCCUCGCUCCUUUGUGGAGAAGACACACUUUACAGACUCUGGGUGAGUCCAGCAGCUUCGUCUUUCACCCACCAAGCUCGGAUUCAAUGUUUAAUGUCAUAGCAAAUCCAGAGGGCUUCUUUAUUUCUUAGUUUCUCUACUUUUCAAAAACUUCUGAGAGGCAAAUGAAGAAGUGACACGAAAGACAGAAACCAAACCUGACCGUGCUGUCCUCUCUGUCCUCCAGUCCUCUGCAGAUAGUCGAGCUGGAUCUGUCGAGCUCCAUCAUCCCCACCACGGCUCUGGAGAGCAUCAUCUGUCGCUGCUCACUGCUGGAGUAUCUGAGCCUGGAGGGUCUGCAGCUUUCUGACACCAUCAUCACGUAAGAUUAAGUGUCUCACCCCCCACCGCCAUGACUGAACAUGCCCACAAUUUCUGCUUAAUUAAUGACGAGAAGGCAAGUCCUGUAUUUUUACAUCUGGGCCUCUAAUUAUUAUUUUAAGUGUCUGCUAACAUUACAGAGAAAAGGUUUUAACGUAGGUGUAUGAAGCAUAAAGACCAGCAGGAAAAUAGACUUCACGUUCAACAAUUUAUAAAGGAGGAUUGUUAUUUGUAAAACACACCACAUUUACAUGAUGAUAUGUGCUGUCCUUUUGUCAUAUCUCCAGUAUCCAGUAUCAUUCUGCCUGAGCUUGAACUAAAAGAUUAUAAACAGAGGGAGACAGAUAAAGAGGCUCCCACCUCUUGGAGCCGAUGUCCAGUUUGUGUAUUAUUUAUCUGUGCAUCAGUAUCUUAAUAUGCUGGGGGAUACUUCCUGUUGUUUUUGUGUGUGUAUAAUAAUACUUGAUGUUUUCUGUCUCCGUCAGCUCUCUGUCUAAAAACACAAACCUGCUGCAGCUGAACCUGAGCGGCUGCUCCGGCUUCUCCGCUCCUCCUCUGGCCGACAUGUUCAAAUCAUGUAACAGGUUAGAAAUCUGUUCUUAUGUCAAGAAAACAGCAGAUUUUAUUCAGUCUCACUGCACCUCUCUGAGUCAUUAAUACUCUAUGUGUUUGUGUUUGUUUCCUACAGAAUAGAGCAGCUGAACAUCUCAUGGUGCGACUUCAACAAUAAUCAUGUGAAGAGCGUCGUGGAGAAUCUGAGCUCGGCUGUGACGAAGCUAAACCUCAGCGGCUACAGAGAGACCCUCACACUGGACGGUGAGUGACAGAGUGUUGGGGCCAUUUUUAUGUGAAUGAUUUUAGAAAGUCACUGCCAUUUACUGGAAACUUUCACUUAGGAGAGCAUUUGUAGAGUCAAUCCAUAGAAAGAAAAAAACACUGAAAAAAGCAAACCUGGUGUGUUUACAAAACAAUGCUUUUGUUUGAACCCUUUCUGUGGAGUAUAAAUAACAUUUAACUUAAACAAAAACUUUGAAAGUGAACACCAUGACACAAAACAACAAAAAAAACCUACACUGACAGUAGUAUGACACAUUUCUUUCUUUCGCUCAGACUCGGACAGGGGAACUGAGACGCUCGGUUUACCAUCAUGAACCACAAGAAAGCUAAUCUUUGACACACUGUUCCACACUUCUGUGUAAAACUGAACGUCUCAGUGGCUUGGGAUGUAACUGUGGGUGAUCGAAUGUAGCAGAUGCAGACAGAAAUGACAGUCUGGUGUUGUGCAUGUGUGUUUCUCUCACAGAUGUGAAGGUGCUGGUGAUGAGAUGCCCCCAGAUUCAGACUCUGGACUUGAGGUAAUAUAUUCACUUAACGGCAGUUUUGGGAUUUUUUUUAUUUUUAUUUAGAAAAUUUGAGAUUGAGACCAUAAACUCCUCAGGAAAAUGUCAGAAAAUGAAUCCAAUAGGAGCGGAUUCAGCUGCAUGUUGAAUGUUGUUAAAUAAUCAAUGCUGCCCCCUAGUGGUUAUGAGUAGAGCAGUUCAUCACCUGGUCUUAUCUUUGUUUCACAGUGACAGCACUCUGUUGAUGGCCGACAGUUUCCAAAUCCUCAAACAGCUAAAAAAUCUGCUUCAUCUGUCUCUGAGCCGCUGCUACCACAUCCACCUCGCCGCUCUCACGUAAGUCUCCCUGAAGUCUGAGAUCCUCUCUUGAUUUUCUCUUCAUUUAACUUUUUCUCUUUUAAAUGUUGCCCUUAAAAAUGUUUCUCCCCAUUCUCCGAUUUCACUGACAAUUUCACGCCCUGCCUGUUUUAUUUGCAGAACUCAGGCUUUUAUUUUGAAAAGCUGUCACUCACAGUUAAAGCCUUUUUUUGCAGGGAUCUGGGGCAAAUGUUCCCCUUGCUGACCUUUCUGGAAGUUUUUGGUCUCACCCAUGACUCUCAGCUCACCUCUCUGAAGAAGGAGCUCCCUCGAAUCAGCAUUAACUCACGCCCUUUCUCCAGCAUCGCCCGGCCCACGCCCUCCUGCAGACCCGCUGGCGUUUUCAGCGACCGCACCAUGUGGGACAGAAAGUGUCGUCUGAGGGUCAAACUGUAAACCGUGGGGUUCGGUUUCAGUGUUUGCUGCUGCUACAGUUGAUGCUUUUAGAGCUGGUGGGAAUAAAUGGUUUUAGAAACACCAGCUUUUAGAGAAUUGUUGGAUUUGGGAUGUUGAAUCCAGUUUUGUUGAAUGUUUUAUUACGAAGUUUAAGUGAAUUUUUGGAUCUGUUUUGGGGUCUAAUAAUGUCUUAAUUUAAGAUAUCUUGUGAUGAAAAUGUGGUUUUAAAGGCUCAAGUGAAUGUUGACAUCUUUAAGAUGUCCGUGAAUAAUUGGAGCAGCAGAUGUUUUAGACAUUUUAACUACCAUUCAUAAUUUCAGCAGUAGUAAUAAUGAAAGAACAUCUGAUUUUUAAUCAGUGAGGAAGUCCAAACGAAGAACAAAUCCAUUCAAUGCAGCUUUAAAAAUCCCUCUUGAACCACUCUGUUACAGAAAAGAUAUUACCUUCAUAAAUGACUGAACCAGGAUAUCAUUCAUGUCAACAUGAGGUUAAUUAUGACCUCAAUAUGUCAGUGUUUGUUGAGCUGUACGCUCGGUGCUUUCUUACAAUGUCAAUCUAGUGUCAAACAGGCUGAAGUUUAACUGUUUUGAAUUGUCAGUUGUUCAUUUUUCAGUAAAAAAGAAGCGACUCUUUAAACCUCUUGUGUGUGAGUUUGUUUCCACAACUGGACUUUCAUGCUGGAUUUUUAAACCUGGACUUUUUCUUUUACAUAUUGAGUAUUAGAGCUGUGACAACAUCAGAGUACAGAUUAUUAUGAACAUAAAAUACCAUAAUUAACUAUAUUAUUGUGUUAUUUCUGAAAAGGUUAAA